AUAUGAGUAAUAAAACCACCGUCACAACCACAAAACCGCUGUUUAAUACAAGCCAACAAAACACAAACGGGCUAAAUGUUGGCGGCGGCGGUGGCGGAUUAAAUAAUAUUGCAAAACAUAAUAUGAAUACUGUUACCGGCUUAGGGGCCACAAUGCAACAACAGCAACCAUUUAGUGUGAAUGCAAACAAGAAUCACACACAACUGUUGUCACACCAACAACAACAUCAACAACAGCAACAACACAAUCAACCGCAGCAGCAGCAACAACAACACCAACAGCUGUCAGCGCAUACGCUACAACAAACGCCGCAACAGCUGCGGCAACAACAAACCCUCCCACCGCCACCACGUCAAUCACACACUUAUCCUUACAACAACAACAACAACAACAAUAAUAAUAAUAAUAAUAGCAACAGUAAUAAUCUUAAUCUUAACAUAAACCAUGUUGCGCCCACUAUGUCCGUUAACAAUAUAGCGAGCAAACAACAACAACAACAGAAUUACACGGCAAUCACACCUACACAACAACAACAGCAACAUAUUAAUGGUGCACUAACAUCAACAGCGGGUGCUACACAAAAGUCGCUACACAAACAGCAACAACAACAACAGCAGCAGCAGCAAACAACAACUAUUGGUAACAAUACGAAGAAAAUUGCAGGUGCAACCAUGUCAGCGGCUAAUAUGUUUUUUGUAAGGCCAACAAAUCCACCAGCACCACCACAACCACUACACAUUGGUGAAUUACAACCAUUUGUACCGGUGCAGCUCUUUUAAAAUUUACACAGCGCAGCAAUGUUAUGUAAUUAAAACAAUUGCAAAGACAACAAAAACAAACAAGCAGUGAAACUUGCAUUAAUUUACAGAAAAUGUUCCAGUGAUUAACAAUGUGAAAUUCUUCAUGCAGCAUUGCAGUGAACCGCGAUUUAAAUAUGUAAUAACAAGUAACAAUAUAGAUUUGUAUGUUUAAAUCAACGAAAUAGGGAAAAGAACUACAAAAAAACAAAAACCCAGUAAUAUACAUACAUAAAACGUCAAAUGAAAGCAAAACAAAAAACAAAAUAACAUGACGUUAAAUCAAGCCCACUUACAUACAUAAACACAUACAUACAAUGUAUUUACAUACAAACAUUUACAUAUACAUAUACAUAUAUAUAUGUACAUGCCUGCGGGCUAACGUUUAAGACGCAUAUUAUUUAUAUAAAGAAAAAAGUAAGCUCUCACCUAACAAAAAUGAUAUUUAUAUAUUUAUAUUCUUAAUGAAAAACUAAUAGCAAGCAAAUACAAUAGGGUUAAACAUUUAAACCAGAGAAGAAAAAAAACGAGAAGCUAAUGGGAAACACCAGCAAGAUUAAAUGAUACAAGUAGUAGAGCGCUUACAAAGGGAAAAGAAUCAAAGAUGACAUGAAACAUGCAAACAGAAUUACUUUCAAAAAUUUAAAAAAAAAAAAAAAUAAAUAAAUAAAUAACAAAAAAGGAAAAACUUAUAAAUAAGAAAAACACAAACAAACGAAGUGAAUACAAACAAAAUUAUAAAAAACACAAAAAAAAAAUAUUAAAAAAUACGAAACAAAUGUAAUAAUAAACAUUAAAAUUAAUUAACAAAAUCACAUAAAUUUAUUAAAAUAAUAAUAACCAGUAAUUGUAUGUGUUAAAAGCCUAUUUAUUACAUAUUUUAAGCUCAAAUUGCAAAUUAGUAGCUACAAUUAUAAUACAUACUAUAACAAAAUUAAAUUUGAAAAAUUGCGCAUAUAAACAUUAAAUCGAACACGUAUAAUACUAAAAACAAAAACAAAAAUCAUGAACGGCAUAAAAAGGGACAGGAUUUAAGCAAACAAACACAUUUAUGUGCAUAAAUAUUACAUAUAUAAAUAUGAACGUACUGAAUAUUGAUUUACAGACAUGCGAAAAAAUAUGCUAUCAAGUCCAAACUAUGUGUUAUCUUUAAUUUAUUAUUAUUGUUAUUUUAUUUUAUUUUGGUUUUUGUUUUUGGUUAUUUGUUUUGUAAUUUGUGUUUAAAAAUGAUAUUAUAUAAAAAUUCUUUCUUUUGUCUAAUUCUUAUGUUAAAUUGUGCAAACACACAUAAACUUAAAACAUAUGUACAACUUGUUUCGUUAAAUUACUGGUAUUAAUAAUUUAUGUUUUCUGAACAAUUACUUGAAGCGCUGAGUUAAAAAACAAAAAAAUAGAAACCAUUAUUUUAUAAAAUUGUCCUCAGUUAUACUUUCUCAUAAAUUUUUUUGCACCAUUUUUAUUUGUAAACACGCUAAAAUUUCUGAAUUUAAUAAUCCAAUACGACUAUAUAUCCAUUGUGAAAAUUUGUUUAUCUAACAUUAUAAAAGUGAAAACUCACCACACUGUUAAAGAACCCCAAUAACUAAAAGACAUAGAACAAUUUUGUGUAUUUUGUUAAAAGAAAUUAAUACUUUCAAAAACAAACAAAUAUUCACAAAAAAAAAAGUUUAUUGAAAAUGUGUACAAUUGAUUAGUUAAAAUUCACCACGAAUAUUGCGAUAAUGCAAACACAAUACAAAUUCGAGUUACAAAAUUUAUUUAUUUAUUUUUUAUUUACUUAAAUAUUUAAAUUAAGAAUUGAUCCAAAAAUAGUUUUUGUUUAAUACAAAUUUGAAAAAAAAAAAUUUUAUCUUCGAUAAAAAAUUGUGGUUAUUUGCAAGUAAAAACAGACAAUUGUUGUAUUCCACCACAGUUUAAUUUAUAACUAUUUUAGGAAAGCGUAAUGCAGCGUUUAAAAUGGAUCAUUAUAACUUUUCUAUUUGCUAAUGAAUACAAAUAUUGUUGGAAACAAUAAAAAAUACACACACACACACACUUAACAAUAUACAUUUAUACAAUACAUACAUAUAUAGUUUGUAACUAAAUCUUAAUAAAUCAUAAAGUUUAUUAAAUUAAUAUUAUACUUACGAGCAAAAAUAUGAAAAAAAUAUAUAUUAUUGUAACACUUAUACAAAUUCAAACAUAACAACAUGCUGAUAAAGUACAUAAAAGUAAACCAAGCAAUCGUUAAAUCGAACUUGCAAAUAUAUGAAUAAAAGUUAUACAAAUACAUAUACACAUACA